AUGGUCCUUCAGAGGCGAAUACUGAACGGUCAUGUCCAUGUUGCAUCCCCAGGCACCCCUGCGUCGUACUACUACGAUGACGGGGACGUUCAGCCGCCGGCGCCUGAAGAUGUGGACGCGAAGUUGAAUCGCGUCGGCAGUGUUGGGGAGGUCGCCGACCGCGUCGCGGACUUCAUAGCGCAAGAGGCAACGGAGCGUCGCCAGAUGAUAGGAGGAGUUGACAACUUUUGGCUACUACUCUCCGACAUCACUGACUUCAACCCGGUAUGUGCAUGCACAUCCGUCUGCAUCCUGCGCGACUACGUUACAGUUGAGAAGGUCGCUCAACAAUUCACGCGCCAAUCGGAGAGGUUCCCCCGAUUCCGGCAAAAACUCGAGUCUGUUGGACGCCUAUUCCAUGGCCCUACCUUUGUCGACGACCCAGAUUUCAACGUUCUCAAUCAUAUCCAUGUGCGUAGGCUACCUGAGCCCGCAGGAAAGCGCGAGCUCGACGCCUUGGUGGGCGAGUUCAUAGCGGAGGAUUGGGAUCUUUCAAAGCCGCUUUGGCACACUCUAAUCGUGGAGAAUUACCACGGCGACGAUGGUGCCUGUGCUAUCGUCGCAAAAGGGCACCAUACACUUUCUGACGGUCAAGGAUUCGUGAUGAGCCAGCUGUACCUGACGUCAUUCUUCGAUGACCUAGCCCAGAUGAUAAACCGCGCCUCAGACAAGCUUGACAGAGCGAAGCGGGGUCUGCUCCUUCCGUCCGAAUACUCUAAAUCCUUCAAGCCGCUUGACCCCUACGCUUCCGAUGAGCGCGUCGCCCCUUUCCUCCAGUUUUUACUUGGCUUUCUCUUCUGGCUGAUCGUGGUCGUCAAGAACAUAUUUUCUUUGUUCUGGAGCACGUUCCAGGGACUACGCAUGAUCGCCUUCUUCCUGUUCACCUUUUGGCGCGUCGAGAUGAUCACUGCUGACCAGCCUGGCAAACGCACGCCCCAUCGAGAGUUCUCGAGCACGCGCAUCUUCAGCCUGCAAGAUGUGAAGGUGUGCCAGCAAGCGUUCUCUGGACCCCGCCCUGGAUACGCUGUCGCUGGCGUUCCAAAGGACCAGCGACGAAACGUUCGCAGCAAAAAGAGGCAUGUCACCCUUAACGAUGUCGUCUGCGCCGUCAUGGCGGACGUGCUCGGGGAUAUCAUUGCUUCCAAGCCGGAGCCGCGCACGGCGUGGGGUAAAGUAAGGCGGACCGUCAACAAGUAUUUGCCCAGCCCAAUGGGCUUCUUCAUACCGAUCAGUGUCCGCAAGCCCGGCGACUGGUCGAUGCGGAAUCUGUCGACCGCCUCCAACGUCUACCUGAACCCGUCACCCAACCUCACAUCCGACAUCUCCGUUCACGAGAUUCAUGCGCACAUCCACAGGUGCCGCUACGAACUCUCGUUGUUCAAGCACAGCGCAUGGCCCAAGUUCUGCUUCCGCCUCCUGCAGCUUACAGGACAGGCGCCGAUCCUCUUCCCGUUGUCGUGGUUCUCGAGGUCGCGUGCACAUUGGAACCCUCUCGUGAAGGUGUUGAGAAACGGCGUCGUCAAACCGUUCCUCGACGUAUGUUUGGAGUCGUGUACCGCCAUCUUGACCAACGUUCCGGGACCCUCCAAGGGUCCGAUCACUUGGAGCGGAGUCGAAGUUGUAAAAUGGUCCGCCAUCCCGCCCCAGGCGGGGGCGGGCACCAUCGGCAUCGGAAUCAUGUCGUACGCUGGCGGGCUCUCCGUCGCAGUCUCCGCCGAUCUCGUGCCCGGCUCCGAAGGCGUCGCGCGCAGGAUAUGCGAGGGCUUCGAAAAGCGAUUCGAGCUGUACGUCGCACGCGCUAAGGAGGUGCUCGACCAUCAAGACUAGAAGCCUUCGUAGCACACGCGCUCGGGACACGGAGGCACCGGUAUCAUUAAUAGAUCGCAAAGUGGAAACGUCGGCUAGCGGCACUCUAGCUGACUGUGUAGCGCUAUUGUACACUCCCGCCGCUCGUUAUCUGCUCGCUCCGAGCGCUAUCAGUAAUAGACUCGUUCAGUUGUAAACUAGCGACAAGUCCUAAUACCUAUGCAUGCCAGAACUCAC